AUGGCCACCGGCACAUCAGUUACUAUUGUGCAGACACUGUCAUUCAAGCUAAUCAAAACGGGCUAUGCUCUUUCUCAAUGGUUAUGGAGGUUCCCGCAUCCCACGAUCAUUUCAUGGAAACAGACAUUGGUUCCAGACGUACUUUGCAUGCACUGGUGGGCCACUAUCGACUCGAAGCUCACAAUUGGCGUAGUAUUUUAUAAAGAAAAAAACGACAGGGGUCUAUUUCCACCUUCUUCAAAUGGUUACCGCCAUCGUUGGCGUAAAGUGCGACAAAAGUUCCCACAGGGUAAAUACGGAGAGAAGGUCAAAUAUGUCUGGGAAGUCCAGUCCAGUACAGUUCCCAGUCGAGCGGCCCUGGCUCAAAUUUUCAUGGAUGAUUUGCUGCUUUUUCACUUGUGCAAUCGCAUUGCUUACCCCGAGAACUCCAAGUGGCUUGGAAUAUCUAAUACCGCCGAGUUAGAUAUACAGGAUUUCGAGAAGACCCAUGGUAUGCUCUGCAUUAUGACCAAGCGCCGAGAUCUAAACGCCUCAGAGAGUAGGUAG